CUGACGUCAUGACGCAGCGCCCGUUCGCGGAGUUGAAAACAAUAAACAAUCUGCGAGCGACGCAGCGGACGCAAGAAUCUGAACCUCCGGAAAGAAACGGGAAACGGAACCGAAUCCGGACUUGGCCUGCUCUUUAUUUUCCCGGACUAUUCCGUCGAAACUCCGGGGCUGAGGGACACGUUUCACGGUUAACAGCCCCGUCCGUCGGUGUCGGUCUGUCACCUCUGCCCCGCUUCCCUGUUAUGCGGGUCCCGGGGAGCCGGACCGAGCCGAGCUCCGCGCCCUGCCCCCCGCUCCGCCAGCCCCAUGUCCCGCUGGCUGCUGCCCUGGUCCGGCUCGCUCAAGAAGCGGGCCUGCCGGUACCUCCUGCAGCACUACCUCGGCCACUUCCUGCAGGAGCGCCUGACUCUGGACCAGCUCAGCCUGGACCUGUACAACGGCAGCGGGGUCAUCCGAGACAUCAGCCUGGACGUCUGGUCUGUCAAUGAGCUGCUGGAGUCGGUGGGUGCUCCUCUGGAGCUGGUUGACGGCUUUGUGUCCAGCAUCGCCGUGACGAUCCCCUGGGCCGCUCUGGUCACUGACCACUGCACCGUGGAGAUCCAGGGGCUGCAGCUGACCUGCCGACCAAAGUACAGAACCAGUACCACCUGGGACUCGCAGGGCUGGUCCUCCUGUAUGACCUCCAGCAUGCAGCUGGCUCAGGAGUGCCUGAAGGACCCGCCUGAGGCGUCUGAGGAGCCGCCCGCUCCACUGGAGGGUCUGGAGAUGUUUGCGCAGACGAUCGAGACGGUGCUGCGCCGUAUCCGAGUCACCUUCCUGGACACCAUCGUCCGAGUGGAGCACCAGCCCCUGGACUCCGACACCGGAGUCGCUUUGGAGGUGCACAUCAAACGGCUGGACUACUGUGACGAGGCGGUGAGGGACUCCAGCCAGGCGCUGCCUGUUGACAUCCACCAGCCCCCUGCUGUCCUGCACAAGAUCCUGCAGCUCAGCGCCGUGCAGCUGCUGUACGAGGCUACUGGGGGCUCACAGGCCGAGGUUCCCCCGGGCAGCGACAGUGAGGGGGAUUCCCUGGCCACAGGCGAUCGUGAGUCUGGCCCACAGCGCCCCCAGCUGAUUGGGAUGUGCUCUGGCGUCAUGGAGACCAGUGUGAAGAUCAAACAGAACAGUGCCCUGCCUGGGCCCAAGCUGGAGCUGGAAGGAAAGAUGGGCUGUGUCCACCUGCUGCUGUCCCCAGGCCAGAUCGCUCACCUGUCGGACCUGCUGUCUGUGCUCUGCGUUGAGACAGAGCCCAGCAGGGGGGCCGAUGGGGGGCGCAGUCGCCCCUUGGGCUCCGAGGACCUGCGGCUGAUCGAGGAGGACCUGGGCAGGCAGCUGAGCGCCGAGACUGCCGACAGGGGCCAGACCAGCGAGGAAGAGGAGGAGCAGAGCUUCCUCGGCAGCCUGGACAACACAGAGAUGUUCUACUCCAUGGGCGUGGGGAUGAGCAGCAGUUUGGCGUCCCUGCGCUCGGCCAGCGAGCUGUCGGACAGCGGGAUGGACUCCUCCGCGCACAGCCAGCUCAGCGCGCUGGCCGCGGGGCUGAUGGUGACCAGUCCCCGGCGCUACCCUGUCCCCGGAGCGCUGUCCAGCCUGCAGGCCGGUCCCAGGCUCUCAGGCCGGCUCUCGCAGCGCCCCCCAGCGGAGCCCCUGAAAACGGACGCCCUGCUCCGCCUCUCCCUGGGGGGGCUCACCCUCACCCUGCUGGAGCAGGAGCCCUCCCCCGCGGGCCAGCAGGGGGAGCCGUCCCCGGGCGAGGUGUCGCGCGUGUUCUUCCAGGAGCUGGGCUUCUUCAAGGACGCCGUGUUCAGCGGCAGAGACUUCACCCCGCUGAGAGAGAGCUUCGCCAAGGCGUGCCCACACUCCCACCUCAGGCUCACUGGCUCGGCCGUUCAGGUCACCUGCGAAUGGAAGAGCUCGGGGCGCCGCGCCCGCGAGAUGACCUCUGACCUCUCCUUCAGCAGACUGGAGCUGCUGGAGUGCCUGCGGGGUCCCGAGAGCCCAGGGGAGCCCCAGUACACUGAGGUCCUGCUGUUCCAGAAUCCCAGUGCCUUCACGUUCGGUCAGACGGCCAAGCCCUGCGCCCAGAUCCAUUACCGGCUGAGCGAGAGCACGUCCCGCAGGGGAGCGGUCCGGCAGAGGCUCGUGCGCAGUGACAGCACAGUGCGUGUGGAGCUCGGGGAGUUCACCGCAGAGCUGGACCUGGACCUGCUGACCCGGCUGGACCUCAUCUUCCGAGCCCUGAGUGCAGAGGCACAGUCGCACGCACAGCGUGACCAGCCACAGUGCAGCGAGCUCCACUCCUCCGUCACCCUCCUCUCCCCGCUGGCGGUUCUGAGGCUCCGCUUCCCGGUGCCGGACCUGCGCCCCGGACCCGAGCGCCCUUCUGACCUCACUCUUCCUGCCCCUCGUCUCUCAGGUGUGUAUGAGGACGGGGAGGGGGGGUCGUUCCCCUGUAUCAGAGUCCAGAAGGCCUCUGACCCCCAGGGUAGCGGACAAGAUGGCAUCCCCAGCGUCGUCGUGAGGCUGAGCUCGCCAGAGCCGAGCUCUGGGCCGUGGGAGGCGGGUGUGGAGCACAGUCUGGAGGGGGAUCUGGGCUCUGUGGAGAGCCCCUGUGAGCUGAGGCAACGAGAGAGCUCGCCUUUCUCCUCCAACAGGACCAUGUUUGAGACCGAGGAGAUGGUGAUCCCAGCAGAUCAAGAGGAGAUGUUGGCCUUCCAGUCUCAGUGUGUCUCCCAGUCCCAGUAUGUGCUGGAGGUCACCCUGCCUCUGGCCACAGUGCUCCUGCCCAGCAAGGAGGCCUACCAGAGUCUGUACAACCGCUGUCAGGCUGUGCUGGUCUCGGUGAUCUGUGCUGGUCUCGGUGAUCUGUGCUCCAGCUACUCGGACUCAGAGGAGGAGGAGCCUCAGUUCAUCUCCGCUGAGGAGACCCUGAGGCACCGGGGGGCGGAGCUUCAGCUGGGCCCCACCCACAGCCUGCUCUCCCUGACCAUUCACAUCGGCCGGGGGCGGCUCACCUGUAUGGCCGACAGCAAGGGGGAGUCCGGCCAGAAGGUGGAACAGUGUCACGGGGAGCUGGUGCUGGACGUGGAAGGAGGGAAGAUAUUCAGCGUGACGCAGCACCGAGGAGACCCCUUCCUCAACUUCCUGUGCCUGGAGAGCCAGAAGGUUGAACUGUACCACCACGCGAUUGUGCCGGACUCCCCCCUCCCGGAGCGGCUGGAAAUGCCCAGUUUCACCCCCCCGGAUCACCUGGAGCCUACCAUCUACCCCUCGGAGGCGGGGGUGUCCAGCGUGGCGGGCAGGGAGAGCAGGAGGCAGAUGCUGUCCACCGCCAUCAAGAUCACGCUGGACCCGGCGAGGGGAGUGAAGGAGUUCCUGGUUGCUCUCGGCCUGCAGGGGGCCACGUUGCGGCAUCGCAUGUCCUCGUCCUAUCAGAGCUGGCACGAACAGCUGGUCGACUUCCUGGACGUGAUCGACGAGCCGAUCCUGGGGUACACGCCCCCCGCGGUCAUCACCGUGCUGCACACACACCUGCUGAGCUGCGCUGUGGACUACAGACCCCUCUACCUCCCGGUCCGCAUGCUGUUCACCGCCGAGUCCUUCUCCCUGUCCAGCAACAUCAUCGUGGACACCGCGACCUUCCACCUCCGGUUCAUACUGGACGACUCUGCCCUCUACCUGUCGGAUAGGUGUGAUAGCGACACGGUGGACCUGCGCAGGGACUAUGUCUGUGUUCUGGACAUUGACCUCCUGGAGCUGGCCAUCACCACCUGGAGAGCCAGCGAGGACAGCAAGCUGACUCAGCCCCUGUUUGAGCUGCGCUGCUCCAACAAUGUCGUCCACCUCCACACCUGCGCUGACUCCUGCGCCACCCUGGUCAACCUGCUGCAGUACCUGGUCUCCCACGGCGACCUGCACCCGCCUCCACAACCCCACCCCCCGACCGAGAUCGCUGGGCAGAGGCUGCCGCUGUCGGAAAGUCCCGCCUCCCUCCCUCCCUGCCUGCCCGCCGAGACCGCGGAGAUCAACCAAUGCGACCUCACCGACGCCCUGAUUGACACCGAAAAGAGCCAACAGGACGAGGAGGCGGGAGCAGGUGAGGGGAAGGAAAGGAGGGGCUCAGGCCUGAGUGUCCUGAUAGCUGCCUGCUGCGUGUGCGUGCGUGCGUGCGUGCCCCGCCUCUCCAGAGCCCCACCCUCCACUGUGCCUCCCACCCAGCCUGCCCCUGCUGAGCGACAGGCGUGCCCCUCUCCCCAGGCCACAGCGGAGACCGUGUACGACAUCCUGUCCCCUGCGCCGCCUCUGUGUCGGGCCCUGUCGGACCGGCGCCACGCCCACCGCCGGCCGGCCCAGCCUGCUGACCUGCGUGAGGGCGUCGCCAAGGCCUACGACACUGUCCGCGAGGGGGUGAUAGACACCGCGCAGACCAUCUGCGUCAUGGCGUCGCGGGGUCACGAGCAGAAGGGGCUGCCGGGGGCGGUGGGCGGGGUCCUGCGGCAGAUCCCGCCCACGGUGGUCCGCCCUCUCAUCGUCGCCACGGAGGCGACCUCCAACCUGCUGGGCGGCAUGCGGAACCAGAUCAAGCCGGACGCGCGGAAGGAGGACUUCUUGAAGUGGCGCACCGAGGACAGCCAGGAGUGAGGGGGAAGGAGAACCCUGCUGCACAGGGCGGGGCUCCCGCCCCCCCAGGGGGACUGCAGAGGCGCCGCCCUGCUGGCCGGCCCUGGGGUGGGAGCUGCUGGCGGGUGCUCGUCUCUGAUCCCGGAGUGGCCAGUGUCCAGCCCCCACUGUCCCCUCCAUGUGUGUGCAUGUGUGUGUGCGUGUGUGAAUGUG